CCACUUUCCUUCAUGGAGCAGUGGAGGCAUUGCGCACGUGUUGACUAAGCUAAGGGGUUGGUGCAUCAUUCUUAUUUGAUGCAUAAGCAGGAUUCUGCUCACCCCUCAUGAGAUUUCAUAAUGGCAGCGCGUGCAGCCGUCAACCUUGGGAGUUGGCAAUCAUUUUGUGGCGGCGUAAAUUCAACCUGCACGCUGAAGCAGCGGACGUUGGCUUUAGCGCACUCUGAUACUUUUCAUACAGAUAGAAAGGAAAGUGUAGGUUGCAUUCUCCCAAAAGUUGUGCGCAAUAGGAGGUACUCUGCCAAUGAAACAAGAAGGGCCACGUUGAAAAUUUCAAAAGAGGAGGGCAGUGAUGUUUUGGGGCCUGAGCGGUGGGGAUGGAGGGGAGUCCGGCGGAGAAGAGUGCACACUCGAGCGGAAGCAAUCUCUGGGGUCGAUCAAAUGGGGACCCCUUUUGUCCACAAUGACUCUGAAGACCCACAGCUCCGCGACCGGCUUUACCCCCCCGACGCUUCCACCUCCGCCCCAAGCCUGCCAGACUUUCAGUCCUUUCAGCCACCCCCCAAGCCAAAGUAUUUCUUCUUCCAGCUCACCAAGCUCGGUAUCCAGUUCAACGACUUCCUCGACGGUCUGUUCAAAAGCGAGCUGCGGAAACGGCUGUUUGUGACCCUGGCGAUCAUGUUUGUCGUGAGGGGGGGGUACUACAUCCCGCUGCCCGGCUUCGACCGGCGCUUCCACAGCACGGCCAUGGAUCUCGCCUCGGGGUCACUUUCGCCCCUGGGUGACCUAAGCGCAGAGGUCCCGUGGAACAUUUUCCAACUCGGGGUCGGCCCCGAGAUCAGCGCGUCCAUCGUCAUCUCCUUCCUGUCGAACGUGAUUCCAUACCUGAAGACGCUCAAGGAAGAGGGGCCCGACGGAAAUGAAGCAUUGAAGCAGGAGAUGAAGAGGUGUGCCGACAUCAUAGCCGUACUCCAAGCCAGUUUCGUGGCCUUCACAAGCCGAGCCCACGCAAUCUACUACAAGGACUCCCCGUUCUCGUACUACUUGUGGACCGUGAGCCUCCUGUUGCUGGGCGCAAAAGUCCUCUCAUGGCUCAGUAAACAGAUCGGCGAACUCGGAUUCGGGCAAGGCUCGUCGGUCAUCAUCUCGCUGGGCAUCCUCGAGGGGUAUCGGAAGUUCCUGCACAGCGUUUUUGUCAAUCUAAAAGCACGCACGCUGACGCUCUCGCAAAUGGGAGUUUGGCUCGGGUCGGUCGUCAUCAUGACAAUCGGGGCGGCCUUCUUAACCCAGGGGGUUAGGAAGGUCCCUCUCGCGUUCUACCAACUAGAAGAGGGCGUACAAGGGAGCACCCUGCACGACGUGAUGCAGGACCAGUACGUGCCGAUUCUGAUCAACCCGGGGGGCAUGCAGCCCAUCAUGGUCGCCAGCAUCUUUCUGGGGGUGCCCAAGUUCGUCGCCGGAGUGACAAGUAACCGGUUUAUCAGUGCCCUGGCGUCCCUGAUGGACCCGAUUCAGCACCCGGUCUUCUUCCAAACGCUCACGUUCGCCGUCAUCUUCUUGUGCAACCUGGUAGACAUCUCCGACAACCCGACGGAGCUGUCCAAGUGGCUCAAUCAGAUCGGGGCACGUGUUCCCCAGAUCCGGCCCGGGCGACAAACGGUGCAAUACUUACGCUACGUACAGACCAGCGCGCGCUUCUGGGGGGGGAUGCUGGUUGGGAUCCUGGCCAUCGUGUCCACUCAAAUCGACGCGUACUUUCGGCAGACGAUGCUGGGCGGCGAGAAUAUCGGUUUCACGUCCAUGCUCAUUCUGGUGGGGUCAAUAGUGCAAGCAAGGCGAUCCGUGGCGGCGUAUCAGCAGCUACCGCGGCUACAAAGAGUCCUAGAGAAGUUCAAGUUGCAAGGGGCGCCAGCUUGAGCCAAGAAUUGGAUAUGGACAACUUAGGUAAACCUUGCAUAAGUUUGCCAAGAUUAUGAGCCGUUCUGAAAGACUCGUCCAAUCUGCUCAACCACGUGUUGCUAUACAUGAGCGGAAGCGCAUCUGCCAAGCUUGCCAACCAGUAUGCAACAGAAGGAUUCCACAAAGCUCGUCAAGCGGGCCUGGCCGGCGGCCUGCAACGUACCACAAUGAUACAAGAUCGAAAUCAAAAUUGAUCAAAAACACCUGCC